AUGUCAGAUCCAAGACUUGUUGAUAUGGAACCCGGAGGAGAAAGCACUCAAUAUGAGUCGAUCAAGGAAUUCACUAAAACUCCCCCAAAGCAGACGGGACAGUUGGGUGGAGGCGAGAAACACACUGAAAGUGAAGUGAGCCCUAGUCUAGGAACAGAUGUUCCAGCUUCAGAAGAUGACGAGGACGCCCAAGCACAAAAACUGGGCGCUGGAAGAAUUGGUUCUGGUAAAGGUAAAUGCUGA